AUGGCCUCAAACGACUAUACCCAACAAGCAACCCAAAGCUACGGGGCCUAUCCCACCCAACCCGGGCAGGGUUACUCCCAGCAGGGCAGUCAGCCCUAUGGACAGCAGAGUUACAGCAGUUACGGCCAGUCAGCAGAUACUUCAGGCUAUGGCCAGAGCAGCUACAGUUCUUCUUACGGACAGACCCAGAGCAGUUAUGGUACCCAGUCAGCUCCCCAGGGAUAUGGCUCAACUAGUAGCUAUGGUGGUAGCCAGAGUUCCCAGUCAUCUUACGGGCAGCAGUCUUCCUACCCUGGCUAUGGCCAGCAGCCAGCUCCUAGCAGCACUUCGGGAAGCUAUGGAAGCAGUUCUCAGAGCAGCAACUAUGGGCAGCCCCCAAGUGGAGGCUAUGGCCAACAGUCUGGUUAUGGUGGACAGCAGCAAAGCUACGGACAGCAGCAAAGCUCCUAUAAUCCCCCUCAGGGCUACGGACAGCAGAACCAGUACAACAGUAGCGGUGGGGGUGGUAACUAUGGCCAAGAUCAGUCCCCCAUGAGUGGUGGCGGUAGUGGCGGUUACGGCAAUCAGGACCAGGGUGGUGGCGGCGGCGGCUACGGAGGAGGCCAGCAGGACCGUGGGGGCCGUGGCCGUGGUGGUGGUGGUGGNNUCUCCAGCGGAAGUGACCGUGGUGGCUUCAAUAAAUUUGGUGGUAAGUGAACAGAGUUUCCAAAAUUCCCACCUCCUGAACAGGAUAACUCGGACAACAACACUAUCUUUGUGCAAGGCCUGGGUGAGAACGUCACAAUUGAGUCCGUGGCUGAUUAUUUCAAGCAGAUUGGCAUUAUUAAGACAAAUAAGAAAACGGGGCAGCCCAUGAUUAAUCUGUACACAGACAGGGAAACAGGCAAGCUGAAGGGAGAGGCAACGGUUUCAUUUGAUGACCCACCUUCUGCUAAAGCAGCUAUUGACUGGUUUGAUGGUAAAGAAUUCUCUGGGAAUCCUAUCAAGGUCUCCUUUGCUACACGGCGAGCAGACUUCAACCGGGGAGGUGGCAAUGGUCGUGGAGGCCGAGGGCGGGGAGGACCCAUGGGCCGUGGAGGCUACGGAGGUGGUGGCAGUGGUGGCAGCGGCCGAGGAGGAUUCCCCAGUGGAGGAGGAGGUGGAGGGCAGCAGCGAGCUGGGGACUGGAAAUGUCCUAAUCCUACCUGUGAGAAUAUGAACUUCUCUUGGAGGAAUGAAUGCAACCAGUGUAAGGCCCCUAAACCAGAUGGCCCAGGAGGGGGACCAGGAGGCUCUCAUAUGGGCGGACCGGGGGGAGGUAGGUAGGGUGUUGGGGAGAUGUGUAUUUAUCACAUUUCUUUUGUCCUAGGCGGUAACUACGGAGAUGAUCGUCGAGGUGGCAGAGGCGGCUAUGAUCGGGGCGGCUACCGAGGCCGAGGCGGGGACCGUGGGGGCUUCCGAGGGGGCCGGGGUGGUGGGGACAGAGGUGGUUUUGGCCCUGGCAAGAUGGACUCCAGGGGUGAUCACAGACAGGAUCGCAGGGAGAGGCCCUAUUAA